GCUCUCGUUGGCUGACGUCGUGACGUCAUACGUGCGUAGGCGCUUCCUCAACCCGAUAGACUCCUCACAGGAAGGAACAGCAACAUAGAAGACGAUGUUGGUCCUGGUGUUAGGUGACCUGCACAUCCCCCACCGCUGCAACACGCUGCCGGCCAAGUUCAAGAAGCUGCUGGUGCCGGGGAAGAUCCAGCACAUUCUCUGCACAGGAAACCUCUGCACCAAGGAGAGCUAUGACUACCUGAAAACCCUCGCUGGAGACGUCCACAUAGUACGAGGAGACUUCGAUGAGAAUCUGAACUACCCAGAACAGAAGGUGGUGACAGUGGGCCAGUUUAAGAUCGGCCUCAUCCACGGUCACCAGGUGAUCCCGUGGGGCGACAUGGCGAGUCUGGCGCUGCUGCAGAGGCAGCUGGACGUCGACAUCCUCAUCUCCGGACACACGCACAAGUUCGAGGCGUUCGAGAACGAGAACAAGUUUUACAUCAACCCCGGCUCGGCCACGGGAGCCUACAGCGCACUGGAAAGCAACAUCAUCCCCUCGUUCGUUUUGAUGGACAUCCAGGCGUCCACGGUGGUGACGUACGUUUAUCAGCUGAUCGGCGACGACGUAAAGGUCGAGAGAAUCGAGUACAAGAAAUCUUAGAGGAGGAAGAGUUGGGUUAAAGUGGCUCAGUUUCUCAUUUCAUUCCUUUCCACUCUGGGCUGGAGGAGGAGGAGCGCGCGCCCCCCCUCCCCCCCCAACACACACACCCACAUAACUCAACUCUAAACGACCCGUGUAUCAUAUUGUUAAUACGUCAUCAGCAUUUGCUCGAGUCAAAGUCGUCAUGUGGAAAGUGUAGAGGACGCAGUAAUGUCACGCGUGUAUCACAAGAAAUAUUUGGUGCCAUUUUCUGUCAAUUGUUUUUUUUCCUCCUUUUUUUUCCUGUCACAACAUUUUAGCUUCAUGUAGUCAUUUUUUCUCCCUACAAUAAAAAUCUAAUUUCA